AUUAAACUAUAGUCCAAAAUAAAAUUCCCAUUCGCUCAUUAUACCGUUUGUUCAUGUAGUUUAUUUUUCCAUUGGCGCUAGAAGAAAAACAAAUGCAUUCAGCUUUCUUCCUCAUGUUCUCGCCCCGCCCUGAACCACGCAGUCAGAAAUUCCUUGUUCCUCAGUGCGCAAGGCAGCUAUGACUGAAGCAACAAUAAGAGAAGCACCUCCCUUUCAGCACAUUUUGGACAGAGAAAGAGUAGCGAAGAUAUGAACACAACCCAGUGCUGCAAUCGUGCUGCUUGACUGAUUACUGACACAGUCAAACUUUGACCUGUUCUUCACAACUACUGACUGACAGCAACACAACUGCAGAAGGAUGAAUUUAGGAGGAGGAAACCAGUGUGGACGUUGUAAGAAGACAGUCUACUUUGCAGAGGAGGUACUGUGUCAUGGUCAGAAAUUCCACAAGUGCUGCUUCCUGUGCUUGGUGUGUAGGAAGUGCUUAGACAGCACAACUGUUGCUGUUCAUCAGGAUGAAAUCUACUGCAGGACAUGUUACGGCAAGCUGUACGGACCAAAGGGCUACGGGUAUGGAGUGGGAGCAGGGACCCUCAACAUGGACAAGGGAGAGGGUCAGGGUAUCACCCAUGAAGAACCUAAGCCUCAUCGUCCGACCACCAACCCUAAUCCAUCUAAGAUGGCUACAAAAUUUGGUGGGUCUGAGAAGUGCCCUCGCUGUGGCAAAGCUGUCUACGCAGCUGAGAAAGUCAUAGGGGCUGGCAGUUCAUGGCACAAGACUGGUUGUUUCCGCUGUGCCGCAUGUGGGAAAGGCCUUGAGUCAACCACACUUGCUGACAAGGAUGGAGAAAUCUACUGCAAAGGGUGCUAUGCCAAAAAUUUUGGUCCAAAAGGAUAUGGAUAUGGAUCUGGGGCUGGAGCCCUGCCACUCACUCAGUAGACAUGCCCGACUGAAGCACAAUGUCAUCGGAGUGACGUAACUGUUGACACUCCCCAGCCACUACAUUAGGUACAUCUGGACAUCUAGUGAAAUCUUAUGCAAGAACUUCAUGAAAAUGAUACCUGUACUACUGCGCUUGUGUGUUUCUUCAUAACUGGAAUCCACAAAGCCAAUAAUAUGACAAACACAUUGUAAAACAAUAUGCCAAUCAAAACAGAACUUUUUGAUACAGAUGAAGUGGAUCUCCUCUGAUUGUGCAGGUUUGCUUAAUGUUGUGCUGGACUGCAUCAAGAAACAAACUGUUUGUUGUAAUAUCCUUACUUAUGUACUCCACUUGGUGUCCAUUUCACUUUUUAGCUAUCGAAUGUGGGCAUGCAUUAAAGCCUGUCCCACAAUUAACAAGUAUACUUUGACAACAUCCUCAUUGCUCAAGAUUAAUAAAGUAAAGAGUAAAACAAA